AUGUAUUUGACAUGGAUAUUUUCAAUUGUUGUUAGUGUGUAUGCCCUAAGUAUUGGAAUUAGUGGUAAAAAACAUAAAACAUUAUCCGCCUGUAUUGCAUCGUCCCUUCAAUUAUCCUGUCACAAUGCAACUGAUAUUUCCAACACUUGUUGUUCAAACUAUCCUGGUGGUCUUCUGUUACAGACACAGUUCUGGGAUACAGAUCCCGCAACAGGACCCAGUGACAGUUGGACUGUUCAUGGUCUUUGGCCUGAUUACUGUAACGGUAGUUUCGGUCAGUUUUGUGAUUCGACACGCCAAUACACCAACAUUACAGCCAUUCUCCAGUCAUUUUACAAAGCCGAAUUAUUAGAUUUUAUGCAAACAUACUGGAAAUCAGAUAGUGGCACGGAUGAAUCAUUUUGGGAACAUGAAUGGAAUAAACAUGGUACAUGUAUUUCUACAUUGGAACCGCGUUGUUAUGAGAACUACGUACCACAACAAGAAGUAGCAGAAUAUUUUCAACAAGUUGUUGAUCUGUUCAAAACGUUAUCAACGUACACAAUUCUUCAAACAGCAAACAUUUCGCCGUCACUUACCAAGACAUAUACAUUGGAUCAGAUUCAAACGGCUAUACGACAAGCAACGGGACACAAUGCAACUGUACAAUGUGGUAAGAAUAACACGUUGGAUGAAGUAUGGUACUAUUUUAAUGUACGAGGGCGAGCACAGGCGGGGAAAUAUGUGCACACCAAUCCAAAUGGAUUGACAACAAGUUGUCCAGAGACAGGAAUUCAAUAUUUGCCAAAAUAUCAGAGAGGCGUACCCGUGCCGGACAUACCAGCACCAUCAGCAGCAAUUCUGAGUACUACUUUCAGUCUUAUGAUGAUGGUAUUCUCAAUUGCAGUUGCAAGUACAGUAUUAUCUGUCUGUGAAGAUAAAUGA